AAGAAUGGUGGUGGUGGCGCAUCAAGUGGCUAGGUGUGGUAGUUGCUGGGGUACGAGGAGAGAGAGGGGGAGAUUAGGGUCAAGGAGUUGAGAGAAAAGGAGAGAGGAGGGUGACGCGGUGAUGGGUUGAGGAGAGAGGAGCGAGGCGCGGUGGUGCGGCUGGAGGUGCAGUGGUGGGUAGUUGUUAGGGAGGAGGGAGAGGUGUUUUGGUGUUUUGGUUUUUUUUUUUAAAUUUAUUUAUUUUGAAGUUAACAGAAAGUUAACCUAAGUUAACAGAAGGAUUAGGGGAGGGGUAUAGCUGAUUAAAGAUUAGCAGUUCAGGGGUACGACUUAGAAUUUUCAAAAAGCAUGGACACAACUUGGAAAACCUAACUCCACAGGAGCAUAGCUUAGAAAAACGCUUUAUUUUAUUUAACUUUUUUAUUAUUCAUUAAACAUUUUCCUGAAAUUAAUUUAUUAUUCCCAUAGUCAAACGUCAACCCAAACGGCAGAAAAUCAAAACUACAGUAAUUUAUAGAGCAUCUACCAAAUUCUUUCAAAAAAAAAUAAAUAGUAUCUACCAAAACGACGUCGUUCAAAACUUCAAAAUCUACCCCCUUUAAUUCCUCAAAAAGUAAAUUCAUCAAAAAAGAUUGUCAGUUACAACUCACACAAACCUUCUUCAUACUUUCUCUCUCCUCUGCAAAUUCCAUUGAAGAAACCCCAACUUCUAGGGUUUAUCCGACACCUUCACUCAAUUUCAUCCUACCAAAAUUAAUCAUAUUAGGUCAAAAUUCGACGCAAGAAAACUCCUAUUCGUCGCUAUAAUUCGACGAAUUUUCCCCAAUUUGAUAAAAUUCCAAAUUUUUCUAGGGUUUUUUCAUGUACAUUGGAGCUUUAAUGUCGUAUGAAUGGAGAUUAUUCUAUCAUCCUUCUUUUCAUCGUACUCCUUCAUUGUAGCCUUCGCCGCAACCGUACUUUGCUUUAUCUUCGCCGGUCGAUUUUCUUCCGCCGCCGUGUUUUCGUCGUUGAAAGGUGGUCGGAGAUCGAAAUUUACUACGGAGAGAGAUUCGAAGGAUAGUGAUAGUUGUAGCAAUAGUAAUAGUAGUAGGCGUGAUUUUGAUUGUAAGUGUUCCUGUAACGGCGCCGUUUUGAGCGCAGAUUGUGCGCCGGUGACGGAGAACGGAGGUGAAAUGCCGGCGUUGGUGUCGGCGGCGGAGAAGCUGACAGGUGCAUCGAUGAUGGAGCAAUUGGUGCCGGAGAUUACGACUCAUGCGCUCAGUUAUUUGGAUUAUCCGAGCCUUUGCCGUCUUUCUAUGACCAAUUCACUGAUGCGUAAGGCUGCUAAUGAUGAUAAUGCUUGGAAAGCUCUUUACCAUAAGGAUUUUACUCUGGAACAAGAUAGUGUCAGACCAGCUAAUGGUUGGAAAGCUUACUAUGCAGCUACAAGAACGAUUGUGAAUAUUAAUGCAGAAUUUUUCAGCAUCUUGAGGGACAGAUCACUUCCAGCAAUGAGUCGUUUCUGGGUUAAUGCAGACUAUGUGAAGUGUAUCCAUGCUUCAGGGGAGCUUUUUACUGGAUAUAAUGCAGUGAUGGGGAGUUGGCAGAUUGCAUUCAACUGGGAGCAGCUAGCAGAUGGCUUCCAAGUACGUGAUGUGCGGGCUAGGGUCCUGAGUGAAAUGGCUUGGGUUACUAUGAAAACCUACGUUGACAUGAAUGCAGGGCCAUUCAAUGUGACCAAUGUGUUCGAGCAUCAUGAUGGGAGGUGGUACAUGGUCCAUCACCACCGUUCGGUGAUGCUGGUUGAUGAAGAUGUUGAUCAACAGAUUGGGCAUGCGUAAGCCAAGUCGGAAAGGAGCUAAUAAUUAUGAACAUAGUAGUCACUGAGAAAAAAAAUAGUACAGCAUUAUUUGUCUUCAGUGAGAAAUUAGUUGAAACAGAAAUUGUAGUUUCUAUUAUAAUUUGAUCCAAUGCAUUUAUUAUUACCCUCAGUUUUGGCUGCUGUUUCACGAGAAGAGGCAUUCUAUGAUAAUGACAAAAUUCCUUGUCA